CAUUCAUGCACAACGGAUCCAGUUUGUUUGUGAAAGACUGAAAAAUUUCACAAGUUUCUGUGAACAAUACAGCCCAAGUGAUCAAUAAUGGAGUCAGGAGGUGCCAAGGCUGGAAAGGGAGGAAGAAAGGGCGGAGCAAAGAAGAAGAGCGUCUCCAAAUCAGUGAAGGCAGGCCUCCAAUUUCCUGUAGGCAGAGUGUCCAGAUAUCUCAAAAAGGGCAGAUAUGCUAAAAGAGUUGGAUCUGGUGCCCCCAUUUACAUCGCGGCUGUAAUGGAGUAUUUGGCGGCAGAGGUGCUGGAGCUCGCUGGUAAUGCUGCGAGGGACAACAAGAAGAACAGAAUCAUUCCCAGGCAUAUCCUUCUUGCUGUCAGGAAUGACGAGGAAUUGGGGAAAUUGCUCGGCGGAGUCACCAUUGCUCAUGGCGGUGUUUUGCCCAACAUACACCAGGUGCUUUUGCCCAAGAAGACUACAGCUUCUUCAGACAAGGAGCCCAAGUCUCCCAAGAAGGCAAAGGCUUAGAUCUGUGCAGGAGGGUUGUUUUUUUAUUAAUUGGUGCUUGUUUCAAACGGUGUUUUAUAACACCACAUUUGUUUUGGUUAUUGCUAUCCCUCUUCAAUUGAGCGUUCUUGAAUUUCUCUGCUGAGAAGGGCAAUCCUGGAUAUGCCAGUAUGUAUACUGAAUCCGGGUUAGUGAGAAGCUUAAGCAUGGGCUGUGACAUAUUUUGUUGUUGGCUGUUUGUUUCUUUACUGGCAAGUCAGAUCGGAUUUUGUAAUUAACCUUUUAGUUUACUGGAUCGGACUAAUGUUCUUGUGGUAAAGCCUUUCAAUGAUUCUGUUACUGUAGGAGACUAAGCUGUCAGGAAACUUAUUCCUUCGUGCAAUCAGGAAGUUUAAUUAUUGAAGUUGUGGAGAAGCUCACGGUCGAUAAAACAUGAUUUAGUUGCAGAAAUGUCUGAAAAGAGUGCAGAUCAUCUUCUUAUCUGCCUGUAUCCCUAUAAAGUAUUUUGUUGCUUUUAGCUGUAAUUGGAUAGUUCUUAAUUGGAGCUAUGAAUGUUGAAAUGGAAAUUAUUAAUCUUAAAAA